CAUUUUAUAUGUAAGUACAUUUCAUAAUCAACAUGUAGAGAAUAUUUUGUAAGCAUUUUCUUUAUUUUUGAAAUCUAAAUUAAAAGUGUAAUUUUCAAUAAAUGUCUAAAAAAGAAGUUAUCCAUAUACAUAUCGGUCAGGCUGGAGUACAAAUAGCAAACGCCUGCUGGGAACUUUAUUGCCUUGAACAUGGCAUUAGACCAGACGGUAUCAUGGCAUACGCAGAUCCUGCAAGUGCCUGUGGAGCAUUUUUCAGCCAGACAGGGGCUGGCAAAGUUGUGCCUAGAGUUGUCAUGGUUGAUUUGGAGCCUACACCAAUAGAUGAAAUACGAUCGGGAACAUAUCGAGAGCUGUUUCACCCCACUUCUUUACUUACCGGCAAAGAAGAUGCGGCCAGCAACUUUGCUCGAGGAUAUUUUGGAGUUGGUCGUGAGAUGAUAGAUUUAGCCCUCAAUCGUAUAAGAGUAGUUGCUGAAGACUGUAAUUCCUUGCAGGGAUUUAUUAUAUUUCGUUCUUUUGGUGGAGGCACCGGUUCUGGAUUUACAGCUUUGUUACUUGAAGGACUAAUACGGGACUAUGGAAAGCUAUCUAAAAUUGAAUUUGCCAUUUAUCCAUCGCCGAGGAUGUCUCCAAUUAUUGUGGAGCCAUACAAUGCUGUGCUGACAACACAUGCAACAAUGGAUACAGAAGAUGUCUGCUUCAUUUUUGAUAAUGAAGCGUUGUAUGAUAUUUUAGCGCGUUUGCUAGAUGUGCCCCGGCCAACGUACACUAAUUUAAAUCGACUUAUUGCUCAAGUCGUGUCAUGCAUGACCGCGUCAAUGAGAUUUGAAGGAUCCUUAAAUGUGGAAUUGGUAGAGUUUAGAACAAAUCUGAUACCAUAUCCAAGAAUACACUUCCCAUUGGUUACGUUUGCUCCAUUUGUACCGGCGACUAGAGCGUUACACGAGGCGAAUACCACGCAACAGUUGAUGAUGCAAUGCUUCGAACCGUCUAAUCAGAUGGUUAAAUGUGAUCCAAGACAUGGGAGUUACAUGUCUUGCUGUUUAUUAUUUAGAGGAGACGUAAACACGAAUGAUAUAAAUACAGCAAUUAAUCAAAUUAAAAGCAUGCGAUCUAUAAAAUUUGUGUCCUGGUCCCCGACUGGAUUUAAGAUAGGCGUGAACUAUCAGCCACCUACUACAGUUCCUGGGGGUGAUUUAUCUGCUUUAUUGAGAGCAGUUGUUAUGGUCUCCAAUAGUUCCGCUAUACGAACUGCCUGGGAGCGCCUUGGUAAAAAAUUUUCGUUGAUGUUUUCUAAACGUGCUUUUGUACAUCAUUACGUUGGUGAGGGGUUGGAAGAAGGUGAAUUUAAGAAUGCUCUUGCAAAUAUCAAAGCACUGGCCAAAGAUUACAAAGAAAUGGAAGAUUAACAUUUUGUUAGUAAAACUAUUGUCAUUUUAUUUUGAUAUUGAUAACUUUUUAUGCACUAUUGUUCUGUCGUUGUAAUAUACAUGUUGACUUAAG